UGCCUGCCUGAUGCUCUUGUUUGGGGACCAUUCUUGCCAGUAUUAUUUCUCCUCUUGCUUGGUUUCCUUCCGUCUGCUCUGGAUGUAGUUGGUUGACUGGGGACUCAAAGCAAAGCAACCAAGUGGGGCUGUUUCUAAGAAGAACUUCUAGCACCUUUUGAAUCAUCAGAUGAUAUUUAAAUCUAUGGUUUCAUAAGAAUAAAGUAAGAAGUGACACUAGAACAAGAUGGAAAACAACACAACUCAGAUCUCCCGUGAAGAACUGGAAGAACUGAAGGAGGCUUUUAACAAAAUAGACACUGACAACAGUGGCUAUGUGUGUGACUAUGAGCUUCAAGAUCUCUUUAAAGAGGCACGCCUGCCACUGCCUGGGUACAAGGUCCGAGAAAUUGUGGAAAAAAUUAUAGUAGCUACUGAUCACAAUAAAGAUGGAAGGAUUGAUUUUGAAGAAUUUUUAUCGAUCUGCCAGGAGCUAAAAAGCAAAGAGAUCAGUAAGUCAUUUCGAAAAGCCAUAAACAAAAAGGACGGAAUCACAGCAAUUGGAGGAACCUCUGAGAUUUCCAGUGAAGGAACACAGCACUCUUACUCAGAGGAAGAACAAGUUGCUUUUGUGAACUGGAUUAACAAAGCCCUAAAAGAUGAUCCUGAUUGCAAACAUUUACUCCCCAUGGAUCCAAACGACGAUAGCGUUUUCAAAUCGGUCGGGGAUGGCAUUCUUCUUUGCAAACUGAUAAACUUAUCCCAGGCAGAAACCAUCGACGAGAGAGUUAUUAAUAAGAAGAAACUAACUCCAUUCACCAUUUCUGAAAACCUGGUGCUUGCAUUAAAUUCAGCCUCUGCAAUUGGCUGCACUGUUGUCAACAUUGGGGCUCAGGAUCUCAGGGCAGGGAGGCCUCAUUUAGUCCUCGGCCUGCUGUGGCAGAUCAUUAAAGUUGGGCUGUUCUCUCAUAUUGAGAUCUCCAGAAAUGAAGCUCUCAUUACCCUGUUGGAGGAAGGAGAGGAUCUGGAGGAUCUAAUGAAGCUCUCCCCAGAAGAGCUGCUGCUGCGCUGGGUCAACUACCACCUGACUAACGCAGGCUGGCAGAAGAUUGGAAACUUCAGUAAUGAUAUUGAGGAUUCAAAAGCCUAUUUCCACCUGCUGAAUCAGAUUGCCCCAAAAGGAAUCCAAGAAGAUGAACUGAAGAUAGACAUUGACAUGUCUGGCUUUAAUGAGAGAAAUGACCUACAGAGGGCUGAAUUUAUGCUUCAGCAAGCAGCUAAGAUGGACUGUAGGCAGUUUGUCACGCCGGAAGAUGUGGUUGCUGGCAACCCAAAGCUGAAUAUUGCUUUUGUGGCCAACCUGUUCAAUACCUACCCAGCCCUGAACAAGCUAAAUCACAAAUAUGAUCUUGCUAUGCUAGAAGGGGAAAGCAGAGAAGAAAGAACCUUCCGGAACUGGAUGAAUUCUUUAGGCGUGAGCCCAUAUGUCCACCAUUUAUACAGUGAUCUUACAGAUGCCUCAGUGAUUUUUCAGCUGUAUGAGCGAAUCCGGGUGCCUGUUAAUUGGAGUCGCGUUAACAAACGACCUUACCCUGUACUUGGUGGCAACAUGAAAAAGCUUGAAAACUGUAACUAUGCGAUUGAUCUUGGUAAAAACGAGGCUAAAUUCUCCUUGGUCGGGAUUGGGGGACAGAAUCUCAAUGAAGGUCACUCGACACUCACACUAGCCUUAGUGUGGCAAAUUAUGAGAAGGUACACUUUGACGGUUCUGUCUGAUCUUGGCGGAGGUGAAAAAACAAAUGAUGAAAUUAUUAUUAACUGGGUGAAUGCAACCUUAGACGCAGCAGAAAAGAAGACUUCCAUUGCAAGUUUUAAGGACAAAUCCAUCUGCACUAGUUUGCCAGUGCUGGAUUUGAUAAGCGCUAUUGCACCAAAUGCUAUCCGUGAAGAAAUGGUGAGGCGAGAUGAUGAUCUUUCCGAUGAUGACAAGCUUAACAAUGCAAAAUAUGCAAUCUCAGUGUCUCGUAAGAUCGGGGCUCGAGUGUAUGCGCUCCCUGAAGACUUGGUGGAGGUGAAACCCAAGAUGGUCAUGACAGUGUUUGCCUGUUUAAUGGGAAAAGGAAUGAAUAAAGUAUAUGGAUGAACUGACAAGCAGGAGUCUGCAGCAUCAUGAAUCACACUCAACGAUACAGAGUUUUCACCGUUCUUGAUUUUCUAGUGGUUCGUUUUACGAUAAAUUGGCCUUAACUCGGUCUUUUAAAAAUGAUUGCCAAGCACCACGCAAACACUGCCACCUCUACUAAAAGUUGACUUGAUUAGUUUGAAAUCUGGCAUAUUUUCUUAUGGAUUCAUAAUGUUCAGCUUCUUUUUUUUUAAUAAGGUUCAAAAUGUUAAUAAAGGUAUGGAAUACUUUUUUCUUUAUAUUUUUCCUAAGAUUUGCUUUAUUUUUCAGAUUUCAAAGUACGGUUUAAUAAUGUCUGUUAAAACUGUACAACAUGUUCCAAGAAAAAUGAAACAUUUGAGAAGUGUUUAACUGCAUCAGAAGCCUUUACAGAAAUAUAUUGCAGGAAUACCUGAAGGAAAAUCCUGCAGGAGUCCUACAGGAUCGACCUAUAAUUCCCACAGGAUUCCUGCAGGUUUGAUCAUUAAUUUCUGUAGGAUUCCAGUAGGAUUGGUAUAGGAUUUCUGCAGGAUCGAUCAUUAAUUUCUGUAGGAUUCCGUAGGAUUUCUGCAGGAUUAAUUAACUUCAAAGUGAUUCUAUACAGGAUUAAUGAAUUAUUUUAAAGCAUUCCAACAAAAUCGAGAGAGAGAGAGAGAGAGAGAGAGAGACAGACCUGCAAUAUUGCCUAUUAUAAGGUAAAAUAGUUAUUUAGUAAUAAAUGACCUCUUAAUUUAUAUAAAUUAAUAAAAUGUUGAUUUAUGCAAUGGAUAGCAUGUUAUUUUAUUUAAGCACUCACUCAUUGUGUGUUUCUUAGUGUUGUACACUACUGUUGAAUUUUCAUUUGAAAAUGAAGCCCUAACUAUUUAUACAACUUGGUUAACAAAAAACAAAAUUCUACCUGGUGGAUUCAAUUAAGCUCCUGUUCCAUGGCAACAUUCAAUCAAAUCUGCAGCAUUUGUGUUUCAAAAUAAAAUCUGAUCGAAAAA